CAGGGUACAGACACUGUUUGUGUAUUUAUCGUGUCAACAUAUACCGAUGGUACACCUACAGAAAGUGCGGCUUGGUUCUGUAAAUGGCUAGAAGAGACAUCUACAGAUUUUCGUGUGGAGAAAACAUUACUGCACAACCUCCAAUAUUGUGUUUUUGGUCUAGGAAAUUCUUUAUACUCGGACCAUUACAAUGUGGUUGGUAAGAAUAUUGACAAAAGUGGUUACAUAAAUUUAUCAGCUUUGAGAGUUAUGCCCCUUGGUAUAGAAGAAGAUUUUCGAGCUUGGCGUAAGAUAUUCUGGCGCAAGGCUGGUCCCAUCUUGAUAUGGAGAGAAAAAACAGUUGACACACCCAAUACCACUUUUGGGGAAGCGAAGACAAUAGCGGCUGGAAAUGACCUAACGGUGGUCAAUGUUCAGAGAAAAGCGGAAGAAGAGGCAGCUGGUAAUGGAGGAGAGAAGAAGGAAAUGGUUACACCACAGUUGAGGAAAGCUCUCACCAAGCAGGGAUACAAGAUUGUAGGCUCGCAUUCUGGUGUCAAACUUUGCAGGUGGACUAAGUAUUUAGAACUAGUUGACAAAUUACAACCUCCAUGCUUAUUAGACAAAAUCCCAACUAUGAUGUUCCUCUCUCCUCAAUGUUUACGAGGAAGAGCUGACAUCACACCAAUCCUGUUGGUACAGAAUGGAGAUGGCAAAUGGAUGACCCAGAACUUAAAUAUUAUAAGACCACCCUCAACCUUCAAUGAUAAACACAUAUUCACAUUCAUGGUUACAAAUGCUCAGUUUCCAGAUGCAAUAAAAAAUCUCUCGCCAGUCACACAGUUAUAUGUGAGUGUUGAUGCCAGUACAAAAGAUAGUCUGAAGAAAAUAGACAGACCUUUGUUCAAGGACUUCUGGGAAAGAUUUCUAGAAAGUUUGAAGGAAUUGUCAGCUAAAGGGCAGAGAACUGUGUACAGGCUUACCCUUGUAAAGGCUUUCAAUACAGAUGAGAUAGAAAAUUACGCAAAACUGGUGUCACUUGGAAACCCAGAUUUUAUAGAAAUAAAGGGUGUAACGUAUUGCGGAGAUUCUAAAGCAUCUAGUCUGACCAUGAGUAAUGUCCCCUGGCACGAGGAGGUCGUCGGCUUUGUUAAACAGAUAGCUGAUGAGUUACCAGACUAUGAGAUAGCAUCGGAGCAUGAACACUCUAACUGUAUACUCCUUGCUCAUAAAAGGUUCAAGAUAGACGAAGACUGGUGGACGUGGAUUGAUUAUCCAAAAUUUCAUGAACUUGUGAGAAAUUAUAAAGAAAGUAAUGGUAAACAGACAUUUUCAGCCAAAGACUACAUGGCUAAAACACCACACUGGGCUGUGUUUGGAGCCAAAGAACAAGGUUUUGACCCAAAGGAGACAAGAUAUUUCAGAAAGUCGAAAAAAGAUAUUGGUGGUUGUUAAAAAUUGGAAUAUCAAUUUGAAAAUGUUCUUCCAAUUGGACAAAGCUCACUUUGGAAGUGUGAACUAAUUUGUAUGUAAAGAAAACUCCAUUAAUAACAUCUCAGAAUAUUCUGUAAAAUACAUUACAUCAUAGUUUUCAUAAGGAAUCUGGUUCUACUCUGGUGCAUGCCUUUGCCUGUAAAAAUGUAAUUAGGGGCACCUGAGGUCAUCAUUAGCCAUUCUCAAAGCUGGAAAGUUGCCAUAUUAUGACCUAUACAGUGUCAGUUUGACUUAACACAAGAAUUACAUCAAUCAGUCAUUACAUUAUCUGAGAUACAUGUAUAUAACAAACGUGUUUCUCCCUGUGAGAUAAAAUCUCAGUAAUUUUCCAAGUUCCUAGAUACCCACAUCAAAAAUGUAUGUGGUAUUCAUUUCCUGUAAUACAUCCUGUUAGAAGGAGGAUUUAACAUUGACACUUCAUCUAAAAAGGUCAAACUGGUUGUUAGAUUAAAUUCAGUGAUGUUAUGUAGACAUACAUGAUAUCUAUUACCAUCGAGGUAAAAACAAAUUACCUCAGCUCUUUACAUCUUAAAGACGAGAUACCCCGGUAAUCGCCAAAUGCGUUUUUUUUCUCUCGUCUAAACCCAGAGUACAAACAGAACUUUUAAAGUUACAAUUUGGUAAAUAAAUAAAAUAGAUACUAGACACAACAAUUUGAUAUGUAUAUGUAAUCCGGCCAAUUUGCUGUUCGUGUUCUUGAAAUAAAUGAUAAAUGUACAAAAGUAUGAAACAGUGAGACAGUAUUUCAUAAAAAAAAUCAUAGAAACAUGUUUUGCUUACUGUUUUAUAACAGAUAUGUUUCAGUAAUAUAAGAGGCAUUAAUGGUGUGGAGGGGUGUUGAUGAAAUUUAGUUAUUUUGGUAUUUUCUUUAUUAUCUAGAAAAUGAUAUAUUACAUGAGGUUAUUAUAUAGAAACAUACUCGAGUAUACAUACAUAAAAAGUAAAAAUAAAACAAUGGAGAAUCCUCAAUAACAUCAUGCUGGGUUUUUUUGUUGGACAUUAUAUAAUAUUUAUUUUAUAUAAAGGUCUCAAUAAAAUUAAAUGUGCCCGUUAAUUUCUGAACCUGUUUACUCAGUUUUUAUUUUGUUUUUAUCCCAAUAUAUGUUGCUCCAACUUUGAUCCUUUGAUCAUACCCCAAGUUACUACUUGCAUUGUAUUCCUUGAAGACUGCACUGAAGACAUAUUGUUAUUGAUGUUAAUAAACCAUAAAUUAACAAAA